AAAAGUCCCCUUAAAAUUCAGUACUCUGUCGUUCGGCCAUGGAAAAUUUUUCAAAGAAUAACCAUAAUAAAAUUGCAGUGAGUUGUCUAAACCAGUCAGCAAAGAGAUGGCAGCUUAUUCACUCCUGUCCACACUUUCCUCCCCAUUUUCUCGCUCCCCAAACAGAAAUCCAAAGCUUCCUCCCCUCUCUCUCACAUCCACUUCUAAACCUUCUUUUCUCUUUCCAACCAGGAAACUCUCUCUUCCUUCUCUCCACAGUCUCAUUUUCAAUCAAUCCAAAAACAGUUCUAACAAUAAUUCUAGUAAUAGUUGCAUAGUUUCUUCAGCUUUCGAUUCCUUCUUUAUUCUCUGCACUUCGCUUGCUCUAUCUUUCUCGCUAUUCGUAACCGAUGUGGGAGCCGCCUCGGCCUUUGUGGUGACCCCUCCCCGGAAAUUACAGUCCGAUGAGUUGGCUACGGUUCGUCUUUUUCAAGAGAACACUCCCUCUGUUGUUUAUAUCACCAAUCUCGCCGUCAGGCAGGAUGCUUUUACGUUGGAUGUGCUGGAGGUGCCACAAGGAUCGGGGUCGGGUUUCGUUUGGGACACAGAUGGUCACAUUGUUACCAAUUAUCAUGUGAUCCGUGGUGCUUCUGAUCUCAAGGUUACUUUUGCGGACCAGACGACAUAUGAUGCAAAAGUUGUUGGAUUCGACCAAGACAAGGAUGUAGCUGUAUUGCGUGUUGAUGCCCCCAAAGACAAACUAAGACCUAUACCCAUUGGUGUCUCUGCAGAUUUACUUGUUGGCCAGAAAGUAUAUGCUAUCGGUAACCCGUUUGGACUUGAUCACACUCUUACAACUGGUGUUAUCAGUGGGCUUCGCAGAGAGAUCAGUUCUGCGGCUACAGGUCGCCCAAUUCAAGAUGUUAUACAGACAGAUGCUGCUAUUAAUCCUGGUAAUAGUGGAGGGCCACUCCUAGAUAGUUCAGGAAACCUUAUCGGGAUAAACACCGCUAUAUAUUCUCCUUCUGGUGCAAAUUCCGGUGUUGGAUUCUCGAUUCCAGUUGACACAGUUAGUGGCAUCGUUGAUCAGUUGGUGAAGUUCGGGAAGGUGACAAGACCUAUUUUAGGGAUUAAAUUUGCACCCGACCAAUCCGUCGAGCAGUUGGGAGUAAGUGGUGUGCUUGUCUUAGAUGCUCCUGCGAAUGGUCCAGCCGGCAAGGCGGGUCUGCGACCAACAAAGCGUGAUGCUUAUGGUAGACUCGUAUUGGGUGAUAUAAUAACUUCUGUUAACGGAAAGAAGGUCACCAAUGGCAGCGACUUGUACAGAAUUCUUGAUCAAUGUAAAGUUGGUGAUAAGGUUACCGUCGAGGUGUUGCGCGGUGAUCAUAAGGAGAAGAUCCCGGUAAUUCUCGAGCCAACGCCAGACGAGACAUGAAAUGUCUUUUUGCUGUGGUGUGUAACAUUAGGUACGUGUAUAUACAAUGAAAUGCCAUUAUUUAUUAUAACCAUUCCACUGGAAAUGGUCCUGUUGUACAAUGUACAUAUGCCAUCAGCGGGUAAAUUAUAAAAAUAGUCACCCAACUAUUAGUGUGUUUCUGUUUUGGUAACUUAAGUUUAAAACUUUCUAUUUUAGUCACUGACAUUAUCAAAA